GAAUUCAACCAGGAGAGUGAAGCUUUUUUAUGGAGAGAGAACCCGUGGGAGCAAGAUGGGGAAGGUCAAUAAUAAAGCUUCAGUGGUGUCUCAGAGAAGAAGAUUUCUAAAGGCCUCAUCCGGAGUGGGUGGAAAGAAAGGCCGUGGGUCAUCCAAAGUGUCCCUCCCUCCGCCACCUUCCUCACAGUCUCUUGUCUUAGAUGAGGACUCAGGCUUUGGUGGUGACCAGUCCCUAGACUCGGAGUCAUCACUACUCUCGUCCCCGGGGAGUGCCACCUUGAGCAGCAACAGUGCCACCUCUGCAGCUGCUGCUGCUGCCACUUCUGCUGCUGUUGCCGCUGCUGCUUCUGCUGCCACUCUGCCAUCAGUCUUGCCAUCACUCACCAUGGUCCCCCAGACGAAACUGUUGCUAGUCAGUUUGUUGCAAGGUGGUGGAGUCGUGCAGGGUACACCAACCAGCCAGAAAAGCCCAGGGAAUGUUGCGGUCGGGGCUUAUCCCCCCACAACGCAACCCACCAUCAGUAAUGGCACCAGCCAAACGGGGAACACCCAUGGUGCAGUGACGACCAGUGGUGCAGACAAGGAGUGGAACACCUCCCACAGUGUACGGCCCUUGCUGGCCGCAGCCUCCCUCAGCCACGGGGGUUCCUCUGUUACUGAUGAUGUUGUAUCUGAGCUGCCAGCAGCCAGCACCACCACCACCUUCCCCUCCAACUGCCCCCCCACCGGGCCUGUGGCACUUGGAAAUGCAGGCCAUAAGGUAGGCACCUUCACACCUCCCACCCUCCCCAGGGCACGGGCCGACCUUUCUCACACCAUAAAUACAUCCCACCUUUUCCUCUUGGGAUCAGAGUUCCCCACACUCUAGCCCUUUCAUUGUCCAGAUUUGGUUGUUGAAGAGUGUGGGAAUGUAGAAGAUAAUAAAGGCCUGACACCUGAUCCCUCAUUUUAUAUUUACAUAUUUCUGUUUAUGUCUGUAUGUAUAUAUAUGCUGUACUUCACAGGACUUUUAUAUAUUUGUAAAAAAAAGACUGCUCAUAGUCACAACAAUAGUCAAAGAAAAUUACUAUAGAAAGAAGGUAGUUAGAAAAGAAAGUAAUGUCCUGUUGAGAUGCAGACUAGUAAUCCAGAACAGUAUUGGAAGGCCUUCAGCAUCAGACAUGCAUCCACAACACAGAUCUACCGCUGUAUUGCUUGCACCAAAGUCCAUCUUCUCAUGGGUGUGCUUGUAGACCCAGUCAACUUUACAAACAGCAUUCCUGUAAAAAAAUUCUUAUCACAGUCAUCUUAUUGAAACAUUUUUCCAAUUAUUAUUAUUGCACAGUUUGCUGAGAAGAGAAGCUACUUUGCAUUUUAAAAGAAAUAGAUAGCAUGCUGUAUGUUGCACAACAAAAUUUACUAUGCAGGAAAGACAUAGGAAAUUGCAAGUAGCAUUUAAGUCAACACCAAGAUUUAUUUCACAAUAAAAUCAUGUUUUGCUCUCACUGUAGAUAUUUUGAACUUGAUUGUAAUAGCAGUGAUGGUAGAAAGUUCAGUUAGAAUUCGGUUAACCUGGGUAUCCGCAUAUAAGUAUUGAAAUCUUAAAUAAUGAGAUUCGACUUUCUACCAUA